GCAGUUCACCAAUUCGCAUUAUAUACGGCGGCGGCGGCGGCGGCGCGAGCCGGCUGGUCUGUAGCUCACACCCGGUUCCGAGCCCCUCCUGCCUCUCCCAGGAAGUUUCUUUCUGUCCUGGCUGCGUUCGGUCCCGCUCUGAGGUUCAUUUUGUCCUCGGCCCCGCAGUCUCUUUAUCAGCCCUCCAAGCCCUGGACCUGGACGCCUGCAGAACCAAAUGGUCACAGCUAUGAAUGUUUCCCACGAAGUGGGGCAACUGUUCCAGCCCUAUAACUUCGAGAUGUUCCAGGAUUUAAGGCCCUUUUUAGAAGAAUACUGGACAACCUCAUUCUUCAUAGUUCUGAUAUACCUGCUGCUCAUUGUUGUGGGGCAGAACUACAUGAAGGAUCGGAAAGGCUUCAACCUGCAGGGACCUCUCAUCCUCUGGUCCUUCUGCCUUGCAAUCUUCAGUAUCUUGGGGGCAGUGAGAACAUGGGGCUAUAUGGGGACUGUGCUACUUAGGGGGGGCCUGAAGCAAACUGUGUGCUUCACCAACUACAUUGAAAAUGCCACAAUCAGAUUCUGGUCCUGUGUCUUUCUUCUCAGCAAGAUCAUUGAACUCGGAGACACAGCCUUCAUCAUCCUGCGCAAGCGACCACUCAUCUUUGUGCACUGGUACCACCACAGCACAGUGCUACUAUUCACAAGCUUUGGAUACAAGAACAAAGUACCUUCAGGUGGUUGGUUCAUGACCAUGAACUUCGGUGUACAUGCCAUUAUGUACACUUAUUACACUCUGAAGGCUGCCAAAGUGAAGUGCCCCAGGAUGCUUUCAAUGCUCAUCACCAGCCUGCAGAUCCUGCAGAUGUUUAUAGGAGCCAUCAUUGGCAUCCUGACUUUCAUCUGGAGGCAGGAACAAGGGUGCUACAUCACAGUGGAAGAAUUCGCCUGGUCCUUUGUCUUGUAUGCCACCUAUUUCAUCAUCUUUGCCCACUUCUUCCGACAAACCUACUUCAGGCCCAAGGUCAAAGCCAUGGCCAAAAGUCAGUGAAAGAUUGGAGAGAAAGAGCCUUAGAUUUCCUCUUCCAAAAGGGUACUAAGGGGUUGGGCUUAGAUUUGGGAGAAUGAUUAGGGAGAUUUCCCUGCAUUAUUUCCCCAUGGGAAAUGUGCGCCAAGGUGGCAGGAAGUUAUCACAGACAAGAAGUGUCACCCUGGGGUAAGGGUGUGGUCUAGUACUUUAAUGAAUGAGUGAAGGCCAAGGAGGCCCUGGGAAGGCACUAGGACUGGAUGGGCUCCUAGAGCUGAGUUAUUUAUAUUUCUAUCCAGAAAUCUUUCUCCUUUUGUUCUAUUUUUAAAUUAAGCAUGCAAACCAAAUGGAAGAUGGAGCUUAGGGGUUUGGAGGAAGAAGUGGGCUCCUGUGAUGGGAGAAGGCUGCUGGUAAUACGGUGAUCUGCAGGUAGGAGGCUUGAGGGGUGUGAGGAAGGAUGAGGCACACACACAGACAAUAACAAUCCUAGGCCUGUAGGCACUUAAUAAAUGUCUGUUACAGACCAUAAUUUUAUUGCUGUUAGAGGCUCAAGCCCCUCAUAGGAACAGUGAAAAACGGGUGCAGAAAGGCGGAGUAACGUUAUCUCAAAGUCUUAAGCUUCCUAAGUUGCAGAAUUGACCCUUGCAAACUUUGGAAAGACCUACCAGCUGUUCUCCCUGAGACCACGAGGUGGCGCCGCAGCACCAGCUUUGACCGAUGCCAGCGCAGUAGCUGGUUCAACAACUCCACAUACGCGUGCACACCUUUGCUCCAGGAGUCCUGGUUUCCCCAUUCUUUAGGGGAGUGAAUGGGACUGAAGCCCCAGAAGCCUGGACCUUCACCUCCUUCCUCUGCAUCCAGAUUUCUUUUAGACAAUGGGGGAGGUUGAAGGGAUGAGGGCUCAACCGCAACUCUGAAUCAUCAGGCCUUUGA